AUGCUCAUCGACGGCGAGAAGUUUGCCUGCGAGGCCUGCGUUCGAGGCCAUCGCGUCAGCAACUGCCAACACUCUGAUCGCCCCCUGCAGCACAUCAACAAGAAGGGCCGGCCCGUGUCGCAAUGCCAGCAUUGUCGCUCCAUGCGCAAGUCUCGGGCGGCCCACGUCAAAUGCGACUGCGGCGAGAAGACGAGCAACGCUGGCAGCCUCGGGAGCCACUCGCCCGACGGUCUGCCCGAUGGUAAGGAGCCCCUUGGCCGUGCGCGCGCCAUCUCGACCCAUCACCAGCGCCGCGUCAAGUCGGAGGCUGCGUCGCCCCUCCUCAACGGAGCUUCGGGUCUGCACCAUCUCAACGGGCAAUUGCCACCACUUGAUCUCUCUGGCAUCGAGUACCCACCAUACGUUCCCAACAGCACAUUCGACAUGUUCGGCGGCUCGGCCUUCUCCGAGCACGACGGUCCCAUUUUCAGUGCCGGCCUCAGCACGGCCGCCUCCGUGGACUGGAGCCAUAUUGAGCUGUCAGACAAGGGCGACAACUUUGCGCCCUCGAGCUACGGCCAGGCCUGCAGCCAGAGCUUCAGCGGCAUGUACGACUGGGGCACUGGGUCGGAGCAGGCCCCAACACUCGGCGGCACGACGUCGACAUCGGGCGAGGUGUCAGAGGUGGAGGACAACUUCAUCUCGGGUGACCUCGAGUUUGAGCCGUUCGGCCAGGGUGACUAUCUCCGUUCGGGGCAGUUGUAUCAGACGCCGGGCACGGCCGAUCUCAGCAGCAUCGGCUACGAUAACUUUGUGAAGGACUCGACGAAACAGUUUGGCCUCGCGACGUCGUCUUCCUACGACGACGCGGGACCAGUAGCCGGGGCUUCGUACAACUUUGAGAACGACCCCGUCUUUUGGGGCCAGCAGUUCAAUGACGGCAUCGCCACGUACGGCGGCGCCACCAACAACGAAUCGACAGACCGCGUUGCCCUCGGGGCCGAGACUUGGACCAGGAACGCUCAAUAA